AUGAUAUGGCGAUGCAGUGUUGGUGCUGAAUUGUUCUCUCUGAUGGCUCUAUGGGAGUGGAUAGCCCUGAGUCUUCAUUGCUGGGUUUUAGCGGUUGCUGCUGGUUCAGAUCAGCAUGCCACAAGCCCCUUCGACUGGCUUCUCUCUGAUAAGGGACCCUUCCAUCGCUCCCCAGAAUAUACAGAUUUUGUGGACAGAAGCCGACAGGGAUUUAGCACAAGAUACAAGAUUUACAGGGAAUUUGGCCGUUGGAAGGUAAACAACUUAGCUGUUGAGAGAAAGAAUUUUCUUGGCUCCCCAUUGCCUCUUGCCCCUGAAUUUUUCCGAAAUGUAAGGCUACUAGGACGUAGGCCGACUCUUCAACAGAUCACAGAAAACCUUAUCAAGAAGUAUGGGACCCACUUUCUGCUGUCAGCUACCUUGGGAGGAGAAGAGUCUCUCACAAUUUUUGUGGACAAGCGGAAGCUGAGUAAACGAACAGAAACAAGUGAUCCCAGCAUUAACAGUACCACGGUGACUCUGGAAACACUACACCAGCUGGCGGCCUCUUACUUUAUUGACAGGGACAGCACCCUGAGAAGACUUCACCAUAUUCAGAUUGCUUCCACUGCCAUAAAGGUAACAGAAACCCGGACUGGUCCCCUUGGCUGCAGUAACUAUGACAACCUAGAUUCUGUCAGUUCUGUUUUGGUACAGAGUCCAGAAAAUAAGAUUCAGUUGCAAGGUCUUCAGUUUAUCCUGCCCGAAUAUUUGCAAGAGAGGUUUGUGCAGGCAGCUCUGAGCUACAUUGCAUGCAAUUCAGAGGGAGAAUUUAUCUGCAAGGACAACGAUUGUUGGUGUCAGUGUGGGUCCAAAUUCCCAGAAUGCAACUGUCCAUAUAUGGAUAUUCAAGCUAUGGAAGAGAGCCUGCUACGCAUCAGUGAGACAUGGAAUACUUACAAUAGUGAUUUCGAAGAUUCAGAUGAAUUCAAGUUCUUUAUGAAAAGGCUGCCUAUGAACUAUUUCCUCAACACAUCUGCCAUUAUGCAUUUGUGGACAAUGGAUUCAAAUUUUCAGCAUCGCUAUGUACAACUGGAAUCCAGUAUGAAACAACUAUUUCUUAAGGCACAGAAAAUUGUUCAUAAGCUCUUUAGCCUCAGUAAGAGGUGUCAUAAACAGCCACUCAUCAGCUUGCCAAGACAAAGAUCAUCUCUCUAUUGGCUAAAUCGCAUCCAGUCCUUCCUUUACUGCAAUGAAAAUGGCCUGCUGGGCAGCUUUUCUGAAGAGACUCAUUCAUGUACGUGCCCGAAUGACCAGCUUGCCUGCCUUGGCUCCCUACCAUGUAGUGUGGGAGAUGGUUCUGCCUGCCUGACAUGCGCACCUGAUAAUCGUACCCGCUGUGGGACCUGUAACACUGGAUACAUGCUGAGCCAAGGGCUUUGCAAGCCUGAAGUGGCAGAUUCCACAGAACAUUACAUUGGGUUUGAGACUGACCUCCAGGAUUUGGAGAUGAAGUAUUUAUUGCAGAAAACGGACCGCCGGAUUGAGGUCCAUGCAAUCUUCAUCAGCAAUGACAUGCGUCUCAAUAGCUGGUUUGACCCGUCCUGGCGCAAACGGAUGCUUCUUACCCUAAAGAGCAACAAGUAUAAAUCUAGCCUGGUCCAUAUGAUAUUGGGAAUGUCUCUUCAAAUUUGUCUCACUAAGAACAGCACCUUGGAGCCUGUCCUGGCUGUUUACAUCAACCCUUUUGGAGGCAGCCACUCUGAGAGUUGGUUUAUGCCUGUCAAUGAAAACAAUUUCCCAGACUGGGAGCGGACUAAACUGGACUUACCACUUCAGUGUUAUAACUGGACGCUGACUCUAGGCAACAAGUGGAAGACGUUUUUUGAAACGGUCCACAUCUACUUGAGGAGUCGUAUAAAGUCAAAUGGUCCCAAUGGCAAUGAUAGCAUCUAUUAUGAACCUCUGGAGUUUAUUGAUCCCUCCCGAAACCUGGGAUAUAUGAAAAUCAACAGCAUCCAAGUGUUUGGCUACAGCAUGCACUUUGACCCGGAAGCAAUCCGAGAUUUGAUUUUGCAACUGGACUACCCCUAUACUCAGGGAUCCCAGGACAGUGCACUCUUACAGUUACUAGAGAUCCGGGACCGUGUAAAUAACCUUUCUCCUCCUGGUCAGCGUCGUCUAGAUCUUUUCUCAUGCCUACUGCGUCACAGACUCAAGCUUUCUACCAGUGAAGUGAUGAGGAUUCAAUCGGCUUUGCAGACCUUCAAUGCCAAAUUGCCAAACACAAUGGAUUAUGACACAACCAAAUUAUGUAGUUAACCAUAAGUGUGAAGCACAACAGAAAAACAAACAAAUCAUGGAGGCGUUUUUAUAGUGCUUUUGUGGAACAGUU